UCAAGGUAGCCCUUCGCCUAAUAGUCUCCGGGUCACAGUUCCCUUAGUUUCUGGGUUUCGCACACAAUCUCCUUUUAUCCUGUGACCGCGCGCUUCUGCAACUCCCCAAUGCUACGUUUAACAAGAAAUUUAAAGUGUUUAGGCUUCAGUGCGGGAGUGCGCUGUAGAUGUACCGCACUGGCAGAGGCUCAGCGUAGUGAUGUCCAUUUGGUGUUACCCACGGUCCUAUCCUCCGAGUUUGCCAAGGAAAUUGCUCCUCUUUCAGUACCCGUCCUGAUCGAUAAGUACUCCCACCAUGCCCCUGGCGGCCAGUUUGCCACCGUAGCGGAGUACCUGCACAGCGAUCCAAAACCCAGCGAAGCUCUGGUGCCGGGCGAGAUCGAUCUUCAUCGGGCGAUGACCCUGGACGGCUUCAACGCCUAUAUGCAGGCAAAGGCUGCAUUCUAUGAGCCGCGACGCAAGGUCCUCAAUUUCGCCCACGUUCUCGUAGUGGCCGGGGCAGACUUCCUUCGUGGUUGCCCGUUUCGGCAGCGAUCUGAAUUUCUCUACCUCUGCGACUGCUUGAGGCCAGGAUCGGCACUGUUGCUGCACCGCAGCCGGAAGCAAAAAACUGGAGCCCUGCUCUUCCUAACGGAGAAAGUAGACCCGGAGCUGGCCAGAGUUUUCAGCCGCAUGCACCAUGUGGACGAGGUUCUGCCCCUCGACAUGCUGAAGAAGAGCUUGUCCUGGAUACUUAAGGACCAGUCCCCCGAGCUGUGGCACACCUUGGAGCAAUCAAGUGAAGUCAGCCGAAUGGUGAGCGAGGUAUCCGAGGAGGCCAACACCCCUCUGUCCAACCCUCGCUACAUUCUACAGUAUACCCGAACCUUUAAAACGGACCGAGAGCUGAGUGUCCUGCGUCGGGCCAAUGGUAUUGCCGCCGAGUCAAUGGCGGAAGUGAUCGCCUACAACUUAUCACAUCCACACAAGUGUGAUCCUCGGGGAAUGGCUGCACUGUUCGACUUUAACUGCCGGCGGCGACAUGCUCACCCGGACCACCCCUUCUCAGCCAAGGUGGCAUGUGGCUCAGAUGGCACUGGUCUGUGGCAUAUGGAUGCUGGUUGCCAAUACGGGGGCUACCAUGGUGGUCUGGUCAGGAGCUGGCCAGGCUCAGGCCGCUUCACACCACCUCAAAAAAUGUUGUAUAGCGCACUCUUAGAUAUUCGACGCGAUCUCUGCGCACUGAUCGAGGCUGCCGGAGACGGCGGUGCCGUGAGCACGCCACAGGAGCUGCACGCUGCCUACCUGAUCCUCCUAGCCGGGCACCUAAGGGAGCUGAGGAUAUUGUCCAACACCAAAAGGAGUCCAGCCGAAACCGUUGAGGCGGCGCGCAAGUACAAUUGUACACCGGUUGUCGUCUCUCACGUGGGCAUCGAGCCGCAGGACACCAGUGGAAAGCUACUUGGUUAUCCCCUUGCACCCCGAAACGUUUUAUCGCUUCGGCUAUCCAUUUCCAUACCAGACGACUGCUGUGAGGCCUACCCAGAGUUUAGAGGCAUACUCUGCCAGCUGGGCGACACCCUAUAUAUCCGGGAUGACUACACUGUAGAAGUACUCACCGCCAUUUGCCCCAGCAAGCACCACCCAGCUGCAGGCAGUGUGCCUGCGUCUGCCCGGUGGCUCGACUACCCACAGAAAAGAGAAACCGCAAGGACAGAGGGGCCUAACGAAAUCUGCGGUAAUGCAAGCCAUUUUCACAACGUGUAACCUGUUCGUGUAAUUAUACAAAAAAUAUAAUUACAAUAGAAUGUCUUGCUCUCUGGUCAUUUUUGAUAUUUCAACGUCCGAUUCGCCAGUUCACCAGAAGUACAAUGUGCAAAACUUACACAUUUGUGAGGGCAAAGACCUUAUAAUAAUAAGAUGCUGAAAUCCAUCUGGAACCGUCAACUACAAAGCAAGUGCUGAACAAACUUGAGAUCGAGAAAACUAAAGAAUAAUAUAAAUUGAAUGGUG